AUGGGUCUUUGUCUUGGAUCAAUUGGUUCGUCUAUCGCCUGCUGUUUUGGUCAGGCUGCUUGUUCGUUGUGUUGUUCGUCAUUGCCUGCAUGCAAAAAUUCGACAUCAACACGUAUUGUCUAUGGCAUAUUUUUAUUACUCGGCCUCAUUACGUCGUGUAUCAUGUUGUCACCUGGUUUAGAAUCAACAUUAACUAAAAUUCCUGCACUGUGCACCAAUUCAUCAUUCAAAAACAUAAUCAUGACACCUAUCGAUUGUAAAAAAAUGGUCGGUUAUUUAGCUGUCUAUCGUCUGUCGUUUGGUAUGACUCUAUUUUUUGUUGUAUUUACAUUACUAAUGAUUAAAGUUAAAUCAUCUAGCGAUUUUCGAUCAAAAAUACAAAAUGGUUUUUGGGCAUUUAAGUUUCUUUUAUUAGUUGGUUUAAUAGCAAGUGCCUUUUUUAUACCAAAUGGAGGCUUUGCUCAAACAUGGAUGAUAUUUGGUAUGAUUGGUGGUUUCUUAUUUAUAAUUGUUCAAUUGAUAUUAUCAAUUGAUUUUAUUCAUACAUGGAAUGAAGCUUGGGUUGAACAAGUUGAUAAUGGUUCAAGAAAACAUGGCAUUGGUCUAUUAUUUUUUACAUUUUUCUUCUAUAGUUUAUCACUUGUUGGUAUCAUUCUAUUUUAUAUCUAUUAUGCUCAUGAUAAAAAAAUUUGUCAAUUGCACGUAUUCUUUAUUUCAUUUAAUAUGAUACUUUGUGUAAUUAUAUCAAUUAUAUCCAUUUUACCUUGCAUUCGAGAAUAUAAUGCUAGUAUUGGAUUGUUACAAUCAUCGUUUGUUACGGCAUAUGUCACAUACUAUACAUGGAGUGCUAUGUCGAAUAAUCCAAAUCAUCUGUGUAAUCCUUCAUUAAGGUCAAUAAUUCACAAUAAUCAAACAUCACCAACAACAGAUGGUGUUCAAAAAGCAUUCGAUCCCAUUACAAUUCUUGGUCUUGUCAUGUUCUUUUUAUGUCUACUAUAUUCCAUUCUGACAACAUCAAAUAAUAAUCGUGCUCGAAAAUUAUUUUUAUCACCGAGUAGUAGUGAUUCAAUUAUUCUAGAUGAUUCGCAGUUGCUUAAUUCAACAACGGAUGUUCGUAUUAAAGCCGGUGAUAAUGAUGGACAACGUGUCUAUGAUGAUGAAACCACUGCUGUUUCAUAUAAUUAUUCUCUAUUUCAUUUCAUGUUUGCACUUGCUACACUGACUUUCGUACGUUUAACAAUAAUGCUGCUUCAAUGUGGGUUAAGAUUACAUCAAGUUGGUUAUGUAUUUUAUUUUAUAUUUGGACGUGUAUAG